AUGGCUCGCUAUCCAGAGAUGAAGUGGGACCCUCAGUGUGGUCUCGCUGAAGAAUUCACGUUAUUUCAACAGCGAAUGGAACUUUGCCUUCUCGAUAAUGAGAUAACUGAUACUACAAAACAGGCAACAAAAAUAAAGAUAGCUCUUGGGAACGAAGGGUUACGCAGGAUAAACGCCUCUAGCCUCAGUGUAGAGGAUCAGAAGGACCCAGGCAAGCUAUGGGCCCUAAUCGAAGGCCAACUGAAUGUCAAAGUGAACUUCAGGAUUCAUCGUCUCGAAUUAAUGCGAUACAAGCAGAUGUCUGGAGAAACGAUCGACGAGUUCGUCAAUAGAUGUCGGAGUAAGGCAAAGGAAUGCAAAUUCACCGAGGGGGAAUUGAGUGAAAGACUCAUAGAGCUGGUGAUUUCGUCUACACAACUCGAGUCAUUUCAGAAAGACCUACUCGACAAAGAAAAGGGGUUCUCAAUUGAUAAGCUUCUUGAAGAAGGCCGCAAAUAUGAGGCCAUUCAAGUCGGUAAACAGUGCCUGCAGACGCUCCACACCAUUGGAAGUGGGAACAUUGAUGCUGUUAGUCACGACAGUAGGCAGAAAUGCAGGAACUGUGGUCUUUCACACCUUCCAAAGAGGUGUCCAGCCUUCGCGGACCUGUGCAAUUCGUGUGGCGUCAAAGGACACUGGGCGAAGAUGUGUCGAAAGACGAAAGAACAGGUCAAACCGAAGAUCCCUCCUAGACGUCCACCAUCACAAGACAGGUGGAGCUCACAGCAGAGACAGCCCAGAAACAGGCAGUAUAGGCCUACAUCCUUUCAUAGCAGGAACCAGCGUAAGGUUGACGAAAUUGGACCGGACGACACAAACCAACCGGACAGUGGGGAAUGUGAAUUCCACAUGAUACAUAUAUCGCUAAACUCUAUUGACUCGGAGGAGACCGAAGCAUAUGCGAGUAUCAACAUCAUAUGUCCAGACCUGAGGGGUCAUCAUCGCCUCAAUGCAAAGGUUGACACAGGAGCCAGCGGUAAUGUUCUGCCACUGCGGACGCUGAAGGACAUGUACAGGGCUCGAUGGAAAGAUGUUAUCCGUCCCACUACUACGCGACUAUCUGCCUACGGAGAAACGCCUUUACGCUGCUUAGGCACAUUGAUGAUGUCGAUGAUGUAUGAAGGGUCGCCUUGGGUCGUAGACCAAACAUGGUAUGUUGCGGACGUAAAGGGACCAGUCAUUGUCGGACUUCCUACUUCCAGAAAGCUAGGGAUUGUUACGAUUCACACAGUAGAACAACAGAUGGGCCUGGACAGUCCAAAUGAUCUUCCUCCCAUCAGGUCAGCUAAAGACCUACAGGCGGCUUACCCAGACCAGUUUGACCAGAUUGGGAACUUCAGUGGCAAGGCAACGUUGCACUUGAAGAAGGAUGCAACUCCAUCAAUUGAUGCGCCUCGAAAAUGCAGCAUCCACCUGAGGGACAAGCUCAAGAAAGAGCUGGAUCAGAUGGAAAGUAACGGCAUCAUUAGGAAAGUUACUCAUCACACAGAUUGGUGCAGUUCCCUCACCACAGCCUUGAAGAAGGAUGGGUCAUUGCGAGUCUGCCUUGACCCCAAAAGGCUCAAUCAAAACCUGAAAAGAUGCCCUCACAAGAUUCCAACUCUAGAGGAGCUCAAUCCUGCAUUCUCACAGGCCAAGUACUUCUCGAAAUUGGACGCAAAGGCAGGAUAUUGGUCAGUCCACCUGGACGAAGAAUCGCAGGAGCUUACUACAUUCAGAUCACCAUUUGGAAGGUAUUGCUUUCGCAGACUUCCAUUUGGACUUUCGGUGAGUCAAGACAUCUUUCAACAAAGGAUGGACACAAUCCUUGCACAGGCGCCAGGCUGUGAAGGCAUAGCUGACGACAUAGCUGUAUUUGGCAAGACUGAACAGGAGCAUGAUGAUAAUCUCUGGAGACUGAUGGGAGUUGCACAAAAAGAAGGUCUGGUGUUCAACAGUACAAAGUGUGUGAUCAAGGCGAGAAGCAUCAAUUUCUUUGGUUCACUGUACACAGACAAAGGCAUACAACCAGAUCCUAGCAAGUUGGAGGAUGUCAGAGAAAUGCCUACACCACAGAACAAGGACGAUCUCCAGCGAGUGUUAGGGAUGAUGACCUAUUUAUCACCAUACAUCUCAAACUAUGCUGAAAAGUCAGCAAUACUGCGUGAUCUUCUGAGGAAAGAUGUUCCCUUUACCUGGCAGGAGGACCAUGAGGAAUGCUUUCAACGAUUGAAAUCAGAAAUUUCAGAAGGAAAGUGUCUACGGUACUAUAACCCCAGUGUCCCAACAGUACUAGAGGUAGAUGCAUCGCUCAAAGGACUUGGAGCCUGCCUCCUUCAGAAUGAAAGACCAGUCGCAUUCGCAUCAAAGAGUUUGUCAGAUGCACAAUCAAACUACUCAAACAUCGAGCGAGAGACAUUGGCACUUGUUUUUGGGAUCACACGUUUCCAUUCAUAUCUGUUUGGUAACCAGUUCACAGUCUACACUGACCACAAACCACUCGAAACGAUCUGUAGAAAGCCCCUGGGGAGUGCGCCUCCAAGAUUACAGAGGCUUCUCGUCAAAAUACAGGGCUAUGAUUGUGAUGUCCUAUACAAGCCCGGAAGUCAGAUGACAUUACCAGACACACUCAGUAGGUUGCCAAACCCCAGAAAGAGAGGAGACGUCAUCGUUGAGCUCCAUGUAGAUGAAGUCAUGGAAUUAGAAGAGAAUCAUGACAAUGAUCUGGCAAGCUUCACACCUAUGAAGCAGACACAGCUGCAGAGAGAGACAGCAAGCGAUCCAAACUUGAGGCAGCUGAGUAAAAUUAUUCACGAUGGAUGGCCAGACGUGAUUAAGCAGGUUCCAAGCAGCUCAAGGAUUCACUGGUCAUACCGAGAGGAACUGGGUGUCGCCAACGGCAUUAUCUUCAAAGGAAGACAGGUGUUGAUACCUUCAACGCUGCAAUCAGACAUCCUGGAGCAGCUACACACGAGUCAUAUGGGUAUAGAGAGAACUCGUAGACUAGCAAGGGACACGGUAUACUGGCCAGGCAUCAAUAAGGAUAUUGAAAACCUUGUCAAGACUUGCCCUGCUUGCCAGGAGAACCAGGAUCGGCAACAACCGCCAACCGCACGAAGUUCCAAUGACGCCAUGGACAAAGGUAGCCACAGACCUGUUUUUUCUUGA